GAUAAAUGAAGUUAAUACUCAACACAAGACUCAACACGAAACAUGGCGAAAAGCUCGAAGUUCGGAGCUUUCAUGGAGAACUUUACUCUCCAACCAAGCUCUUCACAGCACCAGCUCCCCUUGAGUGGCCUUACCUUUGCUGUUAAAGACAUAUUUGACAUAGAGGGAUACAUCACUGGCUUCGGAAACCCUGACUGGGCUGGGACACAUUCCGCCGCUACAGCGACAGCGCCCGUAGUGACGGACCUCCUAAUGGCAGGUGCAACUUGUCUUGGAAAAACCAUCAUGGAUGAAAUGGCUUACUGUAUGUAUGGAGUAAAUAAACAUUACGGCACUCCGACGAAUCCUUGUGCACCAGGCAGGGUGCCCGGAGGAUCUUCGAGCGGCUCUGCAGUUUCUGUAGCUGCGAUGCUAGUGGAUUUCUCCCUUGGAACCGACACUGGAGCAAGUGUAAGAGUCCCUGCAUCGUACUGUGGAAUUCUCGGAUUUCGGCCUUCUCUCGGCGCCGUCUCUACUGUAGGAGUUGUUCCUAUGUCACAGAGUUUUGAUACUGUGGGUUGGUUUGCUCGGGAUCCUAUGAUUUUAAACCGCGUUGGACGUGUUCUUCUGCAUUUACCUGAUGUCGAUCCUAUCGAACCGAGUCAGAUUAUUAUUGCAGAUGAUUGUUUUCGCUCGUCUAAUGUUCCGAGCGAUCGAACAGCUCAAGUUCUAGUAAAGUCAACUGAAAAGCUCUUUGGAGCUCAAUGUGUUAAGCAUAUUAUUCUUGGAGACUAUGUGAAGGACAAAGUGCCAAGCUUGCAGCAUUUCAUUGAUAAGGGAAAUGAAGACCAAGAACUUAAUAUACCAUCAUUGGCAGCCCUUUCAAAUGCAGUGAGAUUACUUCAGAGGUAUGAAUUUAAGAAUAACCAUGGUGAAUGGGUCACCAAAGUGAAUCCGGAUUUCGGUCCAGGAAUAUAUGAACGCAUAUGGGAUGCGAUUAAUGUAACCGGAGAAAAUAUCGACUUCAUCCACUCUGUGCGAACAGAAUUACGUGCUGCACUCACCACACUGCUUGGGGAUCAUGGAAUCCUUGCACUCCCAACAACACCAGAGGAACCGCCAAAAGUGCAAGAAAAUCCAGCUGCAUCGGAUAUGUUCUUUUCUAGGCCUUUCGGCUUAUUGUCGGUUGCCGGAGCAUCUGGUUUCUGUCAGGUUAGUUUACCUCUAGGGAUGUAUGAUGAUGUUCCUGUGGCAAUUUCCCUAGUGGCAAAACAUGGUUCAGAUGUAUUCCUGCUGAAUCUUGUUGAGACUUUAUAUGAUACCCUCCAAGAAGAAACUAGACAGCUCAAAGAAUAAAUUAUAUCUUCGGUAAGUUAU